CGCUGUGUCGCUGGGGUGCAGUUGGACAAGCAUCCAGUGCGGGAGGCUCUUCCUCGGAAAGCUUGUCCCAGCCACGUAGUCGGGCCAGUAACCGAUUCCCCUCCUCGCUUUGCUCUUCCCUUAAUUUGUGGCCCAUCAGGGCUGCCCCCUCACUCCUGCGCUCCUUGCGGUACCAACCCGGAGAGAAACCCGCAGCCGCGGGGGUCUGUCCCUCAGUGUGCUGGGAUUUUACUGCAGGAAAAGAAAGGGUUAAGCAGGCUGGGUGGCUCCGGCGGGACCUUGGAGGUGCAGAACAGGCGGUUCAGUCUGUUCGUCUGCAAUGAGCGAGGCCGGGCCCUUUUCAGCCGGGGUCCCCCUCCAGCUGUGCUGCUCCCCAGCCCCUGCCUCCUCGCAGACGGUGGGAGUCCCUGAACCCUGUAAUAUGUCCCAGCUCCUAGUGGGAACUUUAGAGGCUUGUUGAGCUAAAGCCGGGGUAGCCUGCACCUAAUUAAAUCAGGGGCCUAUCUGAGGUACAAGUCUACCCUGGCUUUGGCUAAUCACCCCUCUCUGCUCCCGUCUAGUCAGGGUGCUUCUUACAAAAUCUAGGGCUGCCAAAACCAGCUGGCUUAAGUUACUGCAGCUACCCCCAGCUCUGCAGUUGCAAUAAGCCACAGUGCAACGCUUAACUGCUUGUUGUUUGGAGCUGGGAGGCGCUUGAAGUCAAUUAGCUGAGAUAGAAGAGUCCUUUGAUGACUACUCUGAAUAAACACUGAAAAAACAAUUAGUGAAUACCUGCAGUGUGCCUUUUCUAAAGGGAACCAGAGUACCAACGAACUGCAAAUAGCAUAAACCAGACCUUGCAAUAUCACUUCUAAAAAGUGCAGUGUUUUUAGGGUCCAAGAGGUCCCCUAAAAAUGCAUGAGGUUCUUAAAAACCUUUUUAGAAGCCAUGUGAUUCUUAAACGGGUUCCCUAAUGUCAAUUGCUUAAUUGUUGAAGUCCUGGGCUUUUUUAACAGUAAUUCUGGAAACGUUUUAUUAUGAAAAUAGAUGCGGAUUGGGUUGUGCAAAAGUUCAGACUGGUGCUGAGCAAUCUGUUUUCUACUGAUUUUUAAGUGAUAUGUUAUCACUUCAGCAUCUAUCCUGGCCCCAGUUUUUCACAUUUCCCACCAGUUUCUUCUCCAAACCGAGAUCCCAGGCUACCUCUUGGAUUUCUCAGCCUGAAUGGCAAGCGACUGCUGGAUGCCUGUGUGCUAUUGCACUGUUAUGAGUGGGGUAGAACUAGAGGUUCAGAAACUUGUUUGAUCUGCUGUCCCAAAAUUAAUUUUAAAAGUUCUUAAACGUUACUGAGUAGGUAGGUAAAUACGAGUACAAGUGGUGUAAAAUUAAAUCAAGCUGGUUAGAAGCACUUAAGCACCCUGACUGCUGCAUGGCUGAAAUGGUUACAACCCACUUGGCAUUCUGCACAGCUUCAUGCAGCACUUGCCUCAGGCUCCUCAGAAGACUGCUUCCCCGUCCUGAAAGAGAGGAGAGGCCUAACAGAGCCUCCAAGUAGCCCGAGCGCAGAGAGGCCAGCAGGGACUCGAGGCACGGAUGUGGCCUGGGAGCCCCGACCCGGCUGCCCGAGACGAAACCUGCUCCUAGAAGGCUGCAAGGUGACGGAGACUGUAUCGCCUUCGCUUUCUCGAAGGCGAUAACCAAGAACUCGGCUGAGCGCUGAGGAACACGUGCUUCGAUGAUGAAAGUCACUCCAGGGGUGUGGUUCUGGAAAGAUGACACCAACACACUUGAAUUUGCAAGCUUUGCCCCAGCACCCGAUGCUAAAGAGAAACUCAAGAAGGGCAAAGCAAUCCAUUUUCAGGAAAUGAGUACUAAAACAGCAGACAGGUCAACUCCCACUAUGUUUCAAGAAUUGUUCGGUGCAAAAUUCCCUGAGAAAAGAUUAAAGUCAGUAGAAGAGAUAUCGCCCAGGCUCUCAAAACGUGGACAAAAAGAGUAUGUGACCCUGGAUGAUGUUAAAUAUGCUGCUCUGUUUUUAGUACAAGAAAAUGAAUCGUAUCAUAUAUCCUCUUUUACAACAAUUAUGAGGAGUAGACAGCUUGAUGAAUUCCUCAUGGCUCUGCUUUACUACUUGUCUUAUUUUCUGGAGAAAAUCACACUGGAAAAGAAACCCAAAUCUUUAAUGGGGACUCUGAACUUGCUAGAAAGAAAGGACAUGGAGGAGGCACUAGUUAAGCUCUCCAUAGCCAAGACACAGCUUGCCAAGAUAUACUGCAUCCUCAUUCUUGGACUGGGAAUGGCUGAUCAGCAUCACAUGGCCUGCGGCAAGAGAAAAACAUCAUCAUCACAGAAAGACCGGGAGUUCUUUGAGUGCUUCUACAACUUUUGCACAUAUGUGGCUUGGGUGGCGUUCAGACGCAAACACUUCCAGGAGAUUCAGGAGGAAAUCGGCAGGCUACUUCGCUCUGAUGUAUUCAAUCCCGCACUGAAAGAGAAGAGGUACCCUGGUGUGCAGUGGUCAACAGAGGCCUCUGCUGAUCAGAGGAAAGUGCUCUUUCCAUAUGACAGGAGCUUGUAUGCCAGGCGUCCAGCCAUAAUGAGUGUGGUGGGUCAGCGCUCGCCAGUGCUCAGCACACUGUUGCCCCUGCCCAGGGACAGUGCCCAGUAUCUCUUCCAGAACCAUUACCUCCACCGGGGAAGGACCGCUCCCGCCAGCAAGAGCAAGGAUCACCUGGAUGUCACAGCAGUUGUGUUUACACCCAAGGUGGGCAUCAUUGGAGCCCUGCGCAGCAAGUUCAAUCGUCAUACACUCAUGCCUAUUGGGGGGAUGGAGGAGGAGGACGAGGAGGAGGAGGACGAGGAAGAGGAAAGGUCAAUGCAGAGCAGCUCCUCCGUCUACUCGUACAACCUGAUGUCAUCGUCCUACAGAGGCGUCCUCAGUGGAUGCAGUCGUCAGAGCAUUAUACUCUCAAGAACCACUACAGAGGGGGACUAUUCGGAGAAUGGCUAACAUUCCUAGCACUGGGGUUAGUUUUACUGUGUGUAAAGGUGUUAAGUAAAUAACUGUGAAGUUUCAUUUUUAAAAGCAGGUAUCAUUUCUCAGCAGCAGCAUAGCUUAGUGAAUCUAGCAUGGAGUUAGGAUGCAGGACACUUAGGUUUAUUCCUGGCUCUGCUAGGUGGACACGGGUAAGUCACCUCACCUCUCGUGCCUUAGUUUCUCCAUCUGUAAAAUGAGGAAAGUGAUAUUGAAAUGCUGACAUCUACAGAUCAGAAGAAUUUAAGACUCACAUGGAAAAGUUUUGAGAAGACUUGACUGGUUAGGGCUGAAAUCGUUUUACAAGAUGUUCUCCUGAUAUUUUCACUAUAUCACUUUUAUCUCUUUUUGAUUGCACUGUGUUUUGCAUAUGCUACCAAUGCAGAUUAAUUCAUGGUACAUUUUACACAGGAAUAGCAGAGAAGUACACCAUUGUUUCAAGACGUAUGCUGAGAUGUUCUGUUGUUGCUAACUGGCAUCGCUUUAUGGAAGUUAAAGAGCUCUGCUCAUUUACAUCGCAUGAGGAUUUGGUUUGCAGGUUUUAAUUCUGUAUGUUUGGUAUCUACAGAAAUCCCAAGUUUAUAUUAGUGGGGAAAGUGCAUCCAAACAUUGGUUUAAAUGUGCAUUUGGAUUAUUAACAGGUAGAAAUAAAAGCAGAUGCCUCAUAAAAAAAUUAGGAGUGUUCACUUACACAUCUGUCAGGUUUCAUUAAUUUUCAUAAGCAGAAAACUUAGGGUGAAAUCCUGGCCCCGUAGAAGUGAAUUUUACCAAUGACUUUGAGGUCAGGAUUUCAUUCCUUGCUUCUAGCAAUGCAGGAAAUCCCAGGGGUAACAUUUUCAUAAAAAUGGAGAAGGGGAAUUUAACAUUUUGUUUAGUGCUGGCUGGAAAUUUUCAAAAAAAGUCUCUCUGCCUCUGCUUGUUGUUAGCCAUGUUGGUCUGAAGACAGGCCGAAGACAGGGCAGGGUGGCACCUUAGAGACUAACCAAUUUAGAGAGGCAUGAGUUUCUGUAGGCAACAACCUACUUCUUCUGAUCCUAGCAUUGGAAGAAGUAGGUUGUUGCCCAAGAAAGCUCAUGCCUUUCUGAACUACUUAGUCCCUGAGGUGCCACCCUGCCCUACCUUCUGCCGAGCCAAAACAAGAAAGAAUUCAAUCUGUCCCAGAGCAGCCAUUAGCUCAGAGUUAGGGCACUUCUCUGUGAAUAUUGGACGCUGAUUGUUGUGUCUUUCCUUUGAAUCACACAUACAGAAAGUCAGGUGAGUGACCUGGCCACUGGACUGUUGACUACUUUGCAGGAGCUUCUUGUAGUCUCUCCAACUGGAGCUUUUCUGUCGUGUAUAAGUAAGGAGAAGUGCUCGUUAAAUUAAAUUCAUUGACUAUUCUC